AUGGCCGACAACAAUUCGCAUAUCGCCAAAACUCUGCUCCAGCGCGCUUUCUCUCCCUCAACUGCAGAAUCGCACUUCCAUGAGCGCGUCAUAAAGCGACCCCUCCAAAUCCGUGCUACGUCUCCUACACCCUCUGCACGCGCAGUUCGUCGCCGCGCCCUGAACGACCGCAAAGAAGUCAAUCGCAAGCGCAGCAAGAACAAACCCCGUCCGCUCUCUGCUGCCAAACAACGUGCGCUGUCUCUCAACGAAAUUCCUAAAGAACAGCAGAAUUAUGCCAUAUAUGAAGGGCUACAUAGACUGUGGGUUGGGUAUAUGAGGGAGGUCUUGGGCCUGAACGAUGCAGCCAGGAAUGCAUUGAUCACACCUAACGCAAGCGGGCAAAACUUGGCGACAGCUGAUAUGCAUGGUGCGCUCGUGAGCGUCGUGCGGAGCCGGUGUGUGAGUCGUGUCGGACUUGAGGGCAUCAUAGUCCGCGAUACUAGAUUCACGUUUGAGGUCAUUACGAAACACAACGUGGUAAAAGCAAUUCCCAAGGAGCACACAAUCUUCCGCUUUGAGGUGCCCCUUCCUGACUCAGAGGGAGACACGCCCAAAAAGCCACUCGUCCUUGAACUAAACGGCGAGCAGUUUCAGACUCGAGCGGCCGAUCGUUCAAAUAGAAAGUUUCGGAUGCACUACCAGCCCGAUAUAUGA